AUGGGGAAGUCAAAACAAGAGAAGCCACUAUCCCACGAGGAAAUCUGGGAUGACUCUGCUUUGGUGAGAUCUUGGGAAGAUGCGGUUGAAGAGUAUCAACUCUAUCAUAGCAUUCAUGCUAAGGGUGAAAAUGUCGAAGAUGUCCUGAGAGAAGCUGAAGAAUCAGGAAUUCUCGAUAAGGACCCUGAGGCUGUUGGUGAUCACGAAGAAGCAUAUGAUGAAGAUGUGACCAUGGAAGGCGACACCGCGGACUCUAACAUACAAGUGACAGACCCCAAAGACUCGGUCGCUCAAUCUAUUCCAGAGGAUAUCCAGCAUCCUACUAAGGAAGAGUCAAAACCUGCUGUCGCACAAGGCUCCGAAAUUCCGCCUCGUAUUAUGCCGAUGCCAGAGCCUAUCAUGGCCCAAGUUCAAGAUGAAAAUUUGAAGCGACUUAUGAUGGGCUGGUACUAUGCAGGGUACUAUACAGGCCUCUACGAUGGACAGCAACAGGGCAACCAGUCGAAGUGA